AUAAUUUGAAUUUGAAAAUAAUCGAAAUGCGGACAAUGAGACCAAAUCAAUGUAUUUUGGUUUUAAUAGUGAUCGCGUCUGUUAACCUUGUAUUUCUUUGGCAAUCGCUAAAGAGCACAGGGAUUAAAGAUGUAACACAGCAGAGUAAGGACAUCUCGGCAAUAAUUAAAGCUAAAAGGAUGGUUCGAGAUGAGACUUGUGAAGUCAUGCUGAACAUUAUUACAACAUUCCCCGUAUUGCAAUCUCUGCGCGAAAUAAAAUCUCAUGGAUUUGGUAACAUUUCUUUAAAACAUUUUCAAGAUCGCCAAAUGGAAUUCGUCCAAACUCUCUCCUCAAAUAUAAAACAUCCAUGUGUGGAAAGGAUCCAUCUACUCGUUGAAAACGUGGACGUUGAAGAAUACAUUAAAACAUUGGAUACAAAGCAUUUCCUCGUAUCGGACGUUGAUACCAUGGUUCGUUUUUACAAACUGUCAAAUUUCCCCACCUAUAGGGAUUAUGCUCAGUACGUAAACGAAAAUCUGAUGUUUAAGAAUAUAGCUAUAAUGAACGCUGAUAUAUCACUCGGGGAUGGAUUUAACAGGAUUAAAGAUAGAUUCUUAGUCGAACGCCGGGUCGCAUAUUCUUUAACGAGACACUCGUCCUUAUUCACCAAAUGUCCAUCAAACCCAAACUUUUGCAGGCAGAAGUAUACGGGAUCCCAUGAUGUCCAUAUUUUCUACAUGGACACACCUUUCGACAAAUGGAGCUUACAUUUUUUGACGUACCCUAUAAACAGACUAGGGGCCGAAAAUUUGUUUAUGCAUGUUGUCGCUAAAAGAUUAAACAAGACUGUAUUGAACCCAUGUUCAAUUUUAAAAACCCACCACAAUCACUGUUCUGGACUGCGUGCAGCGGAUAGUACUACUGACAAGAAGCGAAUUAAUUGGGGGAAAAAUUAUACAUAUUCUACAAAGUCUGGAUAUUCCCAGAGGUUAUUCUGAUUUUAAUAAAUCUCAUAAUGGAUUUGGUGAUAAAACCGUUUUAUACCAUAUUUCGGAGUCAAAAGCUGGACCUAUGUACAUACAACACGAGUCACUUGUAAGUUAAUUGAUAAAGCCGUCGUGAAUUUUAUUAUCGUGAACUGCCACUGGCGGAUCUGGGGGGGGGGGCAGGGGCCCGGCAGGGGAAUUCUGGGAACUACUCACUUCUUCUGAGUUUACUGAAAAUGUUUCAAUAAACUUAUAUCUGUAUUUGAUUUAGAAUAAGUAGCCAAGGCUACAAAUGCUAUAAACUUGAUCGACUUGGUAUAAAUCUACAACUUCAUGAGUUUGAAGCAUUUUUCAACGUGGUAUUUUGGAGAAUUCAGGACUGGCCAAUAUAGUAAAAUAAGUAAGUAGAUAUAAGAGAGUAAUAAAGAUCUACUUAACGCCUAAAUGUAUUGAGAUAAUGUAUUCAUUUAAAUUAAUUCAAACAAUAUCAAAGUAGAAUGGAGAAUGCAAACACGUCUCAUAGUAAGAAAAAGGGAAACGAAAGAAUAAUGAUCUGAUAAGAUACGAGGGGUGAUCAUAAAAAUAGAUAGAUACUAUGAUAACUUUAUAAUCAUCCACCGUACAAUAUUCACAAAAUUUCUAAAUCAAAGUAACCGUUUAUACUCUAUUUACCUUUCCAUCUUCUUUGCAAGGUCAAUGUCUAAAAAGACAAACACAUCAGAUACGAAGUGUUAAAUAUUAUUUACAUAGUACAGAAGCAUAGAUAUGUAAAAUAGAUUAAGGGAGAGCGAAGUAAGAAGGGUCGUAGGGCAAGAAGUGUAACAGUGGUUUGCUGUAUUUAGUGGUAAACAUACGAUGCAAAGUUGUUUCUUGCCUUACAGGGACCCUUCUUCUGCACAAUGAUUGUGUAAACCCCACUUUUUGCUUGUCAGGAAUUAAUUUGAAAGUAAUUGUAAAUAAAUUGCAAUCCAGAGUGUGUCUCUUUUUAAAUAAACUUAGCUUAUAAUAAAAGGAACUGCUUUAUCUUCAUAGGCCAUUAAAAUUGGCGGUCUGAGGGGCAGGAACACCUUGCCCAGCCCCGCUUUCAUAUAGCAGAUGCAAAUGAUAAAGGAAGGUAGGAAAUACUCAUUAAGAAUCCACUGAAUGUUUUCUAAAAAUUUCAGGUAAAGACCUAUUAUUUAGACAUUCUUUAGACAUAUACAAGGUAUUUCCUUAAAUUUGUAUUGAACGUGGCUAUUAGUGUUGUUAAUAAAAA